AUGUCUGACGAGCACAAAGAACAGGUCUCAACCUUCAUCGUCGAGGGGGUCAUCUUUGACAUGGAUGGCACCCUGGUAGACUCCAUCUCUGCGGUCGAGGCGGCAUGGACCAAGAAGGCCAAGGAGCUCGAUAUCGACGCCCAGAAGCUCAUCAAGGACUCGCACGGCCGUCGGGUCGCCGACAUGCUGAAGGAGGUCGACCCGGACCUCAACGAUGACAACGUGGAUGAAAAGGCACAGCCAGAGUUCGAGCAGUCCACUCUGGACUUUGCGGACGACUCGAGCGCAGACGACGACAAGACCGUCAAGAUCCUUCCGGGCGUCAAGGCCUUGAUCGACUCGCUCCCGAAGGACAAGUAUGCCAUUGCUACCUCGGGCGGGAAGAUCUACUGCCACGGCUGUCUGAAGCGGGUGGAUCUCGACGUCCCCCAAGUCUGCGUGACGGCCGACGACAAGCGCCUUGAAGAAGGCAAGCCCCACCCCGCCCCCUUCCUCCUCGCUGCCAAAGACCUCGGCCUCGACCCGAAAAAGUGCGUCGUCUUUGAGGACUCGCCCUCGGGCAUCAAGGCCGCCCUCGCUGCGGGAUGCACGGCCAUUGCCGUCUGCACCUCGCGAAAGAGGGAGAAGAUCAACCAGCACGGCGCGCACUAUGUGGUGGAUACGAUGGAGAAGAUCAAGGUGGAGCAGUUGGAGGACGGGCAGAUGAAGUUUACUGUUACUCAUUAG